AGCGCGAGUUCCGAGCGACCCGGAGCAGCGCUGCGGAUACAAAGGCGCCGGGCCGAGCCGGGCGCCCCGGAGCCCACCCGGCAGGUCGCAGCGGCGGGAGCGCCGCUUGAUUUUCUCUGAGAAAAGCCCACCCUUCCAGCAAAAUAGAGUCCCUCAGGGUGACGGUUGACUUCCUAAAGGUGCCUCUUGGCCUGAAGAAGCCGGUGCUGAAGGAGGUGGCUGUGGGGCCCCCCAAAAGGCCCCAGCCUGCGGCCCUGGAGCGCUACAAGGCGCGGCGUUCCGACGCCAUGGACACCGAGUCCCAGUACUCGGGCUACUCCUACAAGUCGGGCCACUCCCGCAGCUCCCGCAAGCACAGGGACCGCCGGGACCGACACCGCUCGAAGAGCCGAGAUGGGAGCCGUGGGGACAAGUCGGUCACCAUCCAGGCUCCWGGAGAGCCCUUGCUGGACAAUGAGUCCACGCGGGGGGAUGAACGGGACGACAACUGGGGAGAAACCACCACGGUAGUCACGGGUACCUCUGAGCACAGCAUCUCCCACGAUGACCUCACACGAAUCGCCAAGGACAUGGAGGACAGUGUUCCACUGGACUGCUCCCGUCACCUGGGUGUGGCUGCAGGGGCCACGCUGGCGCUGCUCUCCUUCCUCACCCCGCUGGCUUUCCUGCUGCUACCCCCACUGCUGUGGCGGGAUGAGCUGGAGCCGUGCGGGACCGCCUGCGAGGGCCUCUUCAUUUCAGUGGCCUUCAAGCUGCUCAUCCUGCUGCUGGGCAGCUGGGCUCUGUUCUUCCGCCGGCCCAAGGCCUCGCUGCCCCGGGUCUUCGUGCUGCGCGCCCUGCUCAUGGUGCUCGUCUUCCUGCUCGUGGUCUCCUACUGGCUCUUCUACGGCGUGCGCAUCCUGGAUGCCCGGGAGCGCAGCUACCAGGGCGUGGUGCAGUUCGCGGUGUCCCUGGUGGACGCCCUGCUCUUCGUGCACUACUUGGCCGUGGUCCUGCUGGAGCUGCGGCAGCUCCAGCCCCAGUUCACGCUCAAGGUCGUGCGCUCCACCGACGGGGCCAGCCGCUUCUACAACGUUGGCCAUCUCAGCAUCCAGCGCGUGGCAGUGUGGAUCCUGGAGAAGUAUUACCAUGACUUCCCUGUCUACAACCCUGCCCUCCUCAACCUGCCCAAGUCCGUCCUGGCCAAGAAAGUGUCUGGCUUCAAGGUGUAUUCUCUCGGAGAGGAAAACAGCACCAACAACUCCACAGGCCAGUCUCGGGCUGCGAUYGCAGCGGCGGCCCGGCGGCGGGACAACAGCCACAAUGAGUACUACUACGAAGAAGCUGAACACGAGCGCAGGGUGCGCAAGCGCAGGGCCAGGCUCGUCGUAGCCGUGGAGGAGGCCUUCACUCACAUCAAGCGACUGCAGGAGGAGGAGCAGAAGAACCCCAGGGAGGUGAUGGAUCCCCGCGAGGCAGCCCAGGCCAUCUUUGCAUCCAUGGCCCGUGCCAUGCAGAAGUACCUUCGGACCACCAAGCAGCAGCCUUACCACACCAUGGAGAGUAUCCUGCAGCACCUGGAAUUCUGCAUCACGCACGACAUGACCCCCAAGGCUUUCCUGGAGCGGUACCUGGCAGCUGGACCCACCAUCCAGUACCACAAGGAACGCUGGCUGGCCAAACAGUGGACACUGGUGAGCGARGAGCCGGUGACCAAUGGGCUUAAGGAUGGCAUCGUUUUCCUCUUAAAACGCCAGGACUUCAGCCUGGUGGUCAGCACCAAGAAGGUGCCCUUCUUCAAACUCUCCGAGGAAUUCGUGGAUCCCAAGUCACACAAGUUUGUCAUGAGGCUGCAAUCGGAGACCUCCGUGUGAUCAUGCAACUGCAGGGGAGUGGGAGACUCGGGCGCUUCUGCGGGGUGGGAGAGGGGCUUGGUUCUCAGGCCCCGCCACGUUCCCGCUGCCCUUUUCCCUCUUGCUCUUGUUUUUUUACUUGAAUUAACUCACCCCUCGCCCUGUCUCCUUCCCUCUUCCUUGUUUUGCCCACGUGAACCUGGAGAGAUCAUCCUGCUGUUAACAGUACCUGGGAA